AUGACUCCUUACUGCAAUUUUGAUACAAAUAUACUUAUAAAUGGAACAAAGGAUCAUGAAAGUUCAGAUUGUAUUAAUUAUUGCACCAUGAUUGAUCAUUGUAGCCCUCAAUUACUAGGAAAUGGGAUAUGUGACCCAUCUUGCAACACAAAAAAUUGCGGCUACGAUUGAGGAGACUGUGGUGUUUGCUCGUCUUUCUGUAAUUAUAAUUCAGGCUCUGAAAAAGAUCUUAUGGGAAAUUGUAAUCUUAAUUGCAAUGUCCCAGGCUGUUAUUAUGGUCUUAGUCAAUGUGAAGAAUGCUCUCCUGGGUGCUCACCAGAUUUAUUAGGAAAUGGUUAUUGCGAUGAAGCGUGUGCAACUUCAAACUGCAAUUUUGAUUUAGGGGAUUGUAUCAACAGAACUUGCGCUCCUAACUGCUAUAUUUGAAUGGUAGGAAAUUCCAUCUGUGAAGAAGCUUGCUAUGUGGCUGACUGUGAUUAUGAUAAAUUUGAUUGUGAUUGUGCUCCAGGAUGCUAUGACUAUAUGCUGAACAAUGGAAUAUGUGAUGAAGCUUGCAAUAAUUGAAAUUGUGUAUUAGAUAAUCAUGAUUGUGGAGCAUGUGCCAGCGGAUGCUAUCCCAGCAUGGUAGGAAAUGGUGUCUGUGACCCUGAAUGCAAUAACUAUGACUGCUAUUAUGAUUAUACUGAUUGCCAAUGUGCUGAUAAUUGUCUAUUAGAAGACUAUGGAAAAUGUAAACCAGAUUGUUUGGUAGCUUCGUGUAAUUAUGAUCAGUUACCUCAAUAUCCAAAUUUAUGGUGCCAAAACAACGCCCUCAGAAUUUUUGUUUCUUACCAGCAUAUAAUUCGCAAUGAUACAACUUAUAUAGUCUAUUUAGAAGACUGCUAUCAAAGCUCAAACUAUGCCUGCACGCCAGAAAAAGCAUUUGAUUUUGAGAACUGCAAUCAAGAAUGCAAUAUACGUCAGUGCAACUAUGCAUUUGGAAACUGCAAUUAUUACUGAGGGGGUAAUUAUUGUAAUCGAUAUUAUCGAACCGAUGAAAACCUAAUACAGUGCUUGUCUUGCAAUAAUUUAGCUGUUACUAAUAGAGGGUGCAGCAUUGGAGAGAGAAAUUUCUGGACGACUUUCCCUGAUGGCUCCAAAUUCAUUUUGUAUGAUUACAAAGACAGAUCUACAAAGAAUAAUCCCUAUAUUUAUUUCGCUACUUCAAAAGUCAAUGAAGAGCUUAAUUAUGGUGAUGGUUAGGCUAGAUUAGGUAAUUAAAGACAGGCGUUAGCUAUAUUGGCGACGCAGUCAUCAAAGACCUCCCAUAAAGGAAGUUUAGCCGCUUUUCGAUUUAAGCCAGAGGGUCUAUCCCACUUGCGAGUGCCUUUCUGGUACCUUCUGUCUCCUCUUACCUUGAGGCUUCAGUCUUGAGUGCUUAUGGAUUUCUGCGAACCUGUUACGGGCGAUUGAAGUAGCUUGAUUCCAAGAAUCAACUCCUUGAAGUCUAUCAAGUUUCAAAGUCCCCUCUUUCGAUAGCUCCCAGGAAAAGACUAUUUCUUUGUAGUCUAGCCCGAAACCCCUAGUUUCUCGGCAGAGGAAUAUCAUCGGUCCUUGAAUCCAAAGGACAUUGCUGAGCACCCCCAUUUCCAACCACAGAAAAGCAGCCAAAGCAACCCAUAUACACAUCUCUUGCGCCUGCACUUGAUUCUUGACUCAGAGUCUGUGCCAAUUCGCUUGGGCAAAAGGUUUUUACGCUAAGAGGGCAGGCGGCACAUAUUGUCAUUUUAAUGUAUAAUUAUGGCGAUGGUACAUUGAUUUCUCCUUAUAACAGUAUAAUUAAAGCAUUGGAUUAUACUAUGCAUGCUUAUUCUAUAAUAUAUCUCUUAGAAGACGGUGACUAUCCAAUAUAUCAGAAUGAUCGAGAUCUAAAUUCAGAAGAUCCAGAAUGAGCCAAAAGGUAUUAUAAAAAAAAAUUAGUUAAAAUUGAACCGAUAAAUGGAAAUAAAGUAAAGUUUAUAAAACUUAUAGACCAACAUACUUGAAAAAACAAAACAUUCGUAGUUAUUGAUUAUAGCUUACAAAUCAGCAAUGUAAUUUUUGAUGGGAAAACAUAUCCGUCAACCUGCAGCAAUAUCUCAUCUGAAUACUGCGAAUACUGCCCAUAUGUAAUUCGGGACUCUCAAUCAAGCACUGGUUUUUAUAAUGACAGACUUGAAGAAAUUUCGAUUUUCCUUCCCUCUUCAUGAUGUGCCCGUUCAAAAGAAUUCAAUCUUUUUUUUUCAACUGGGCAUGAUUUAACUCUAAUAAACUCAGACAUAAUUAAUUUCAGGUCUGGAUUUUUAUCGCUAAUUUAUCAAAGUAACGGAAACUUAUACAUGAAUAAUGUCGCAUUUGAUAAUAUAAAGCUUACAGAGUCUGAAGUCUCAGCAGUUAUUAGCCUUGGAUUAAAUUCUUAUGAUUUAUAUUGCCUAAAAAGAUUUUAUUAUGAAAAUGGAAAAGUCAGUAGACUUAAUAAUGGCUAUGAAUUUGGCGAUUCAGUAAACUUUAGAGGAUUUUUAUAUGCUUCAAAUAUGACUAAAAUACUAAUCAGGAAUGUAAUUUUUGAAUAUAAUUUAGUGUAUAUGAACCAAUUCAAUCUGUUGGAUACUGCGUCUUUGCUCACACUUGGGUAUUUUCAAACAUUAGAAAUAGACUCAUGUAUAUUCUCUUACAAUUAUUGUGAACUUGGAAUUAUUAAUGUUCUGCAAGCUACAAAGAAUCUCAAUAUGACAAUUGACAGUAAAGGAGUGUUAGCAGACUCUAAGCUUAGCCACAUUCAUAUUAGAAAUACAUCAUUUUUAGGAAACUAUGGAAAAACAUCUGGGAUUUUAUAUGCACAAUUCAAUAUAGAGCCCCAAAAUAUCCUUAUAGAGUCUUGCAAUUUUACCUCUAAUGGAGUCGAAAGAGGUAGUUUACUAUAUUUUGGAAGCAAUGGUAAUAUUAGUGAUUAUGCUGAAACAAAAUAUGUUACUGUUACAAUGCUUAAUGGGCUGAAUUCUACUGCAAAAUAUUUGGCAAGAUGAGUAAAAUUAGCAAACAUUAACUUUCUUAAUAAUUACUCUGGAACUACUGAUUUAGUAGAUAUAAGGAAAAUGGUGAAUAUUGAAAUAACAAACAUAGAAAUGAAAUUAAAUGGAGGCAAGCCGAAUGAAAGCAAUAGCAUUAACUCAAUUCUUUUAAAUUCAUUUAUUAGUAACCCUGACAUUUAUCUAAAGCUUUCAGUACCCAAUCCUCAAGUGUUAUCUUGCACAUCAUUAUUUUCAGUAUCAAACUCUUUAAACUUUAUUAUGAAAUUUGUAAAUGCCACAGAAAAUUACUGUAAAAAUUCUUCUCCAUCUUUUAUUAUUAACAGUACAGAAAAUUCUGUUGGCGAUUAUUUAUAUUUCAAUAGAAACAUUGGUGAGGGUGCUAAAGGGGUAUGCAUCUCAGUAUCAUAUACCGCUUCAUUGCUAAUAAACAAUUCAAUGUUUAUUUCCAGCCAAAAUACUGUUAAAGGAAAUUCAGGAGCAGUUGCAUUUUCUGAUAGCUCAAAUAAUUUAACGCUUGCAAAUUGCUCGUUUAUUGGCAAUAGUGCAGAUUUAGGGGGGGCUGUUUAUUUUUCAGGACAAACACUAUCUAUGAAUGAUUGCGUAUAUGAGUCAAAUCAAUCACCUGGGCUCUCAGGUGGCGCAAUCUAUUAUUAUUUACCGCCAACGUUAUUGUCUUUAGAUUCCUUCAUUUAUAUUUCAGACACCAUUUUUAGAAAUAAUUAUGGCUCUUUCAAUGGUGGAUCACUCUAUCUUCAGAAAAGCUAUUUUUCGAAUUCAACUACCCAUCUUAUUAUAAGCAAUUCUGAUUUUUAUAGCAAUCGCGCCUCAUCUGGGGCAGCUGUAUUUAUAGAUAGUUUUAUUCGCCUAUCAAAAGAUUCUUUAAUUGAGAGCUGCUUAUUCGAGGAAAAUAUUGCAUUAUUAUCUGGAAUAUUUUCUAUUUAUUUCAAUAGUGGAAUACUAUACUUUGAUAGAUCUUCAUUUAUAGGUAAUUCUGGAGUAGGCAGCUCUGCACUACUUAUCUCUAUUGAUAGCGAAUCAAACUCAAAAAUAGCUCUAAAUAAUUGCACUUUUCAAUAUAAUUCUGGUGAAACAACUGUUUUAUUAGAAGAUUCAAAUAAAAAUUCCACUUUAGAAACCUAUAAUUGUAUGUUUACUGAAAAUAUUGGAUCUGCAUUUUCUCUUAAUAAUGGCAUAUUAAUUGAAAACAACUCGACAAUUCAAAAUGGUCACUCAUUAAGAUCUGGAGGUAGUAUUACUAUGAAAAAUUCAGCAUUAGCAAACUGCACAAAUACUACAUUUUUAAAUAAUACAAGUGAUGAAAAUGGUGGAGCGAUUUCUAUGAAUUUAAAUUCUCAAUUUUUGUGUAUGCAUUGCAAGAUUUUAAAAAAUAAAGCAGGCGAGUCUGGGGGUGCUAUUUAUGUAGAUACUGACUCAUUUUUUCUAAUUGAAGAUUCAAAAUUCACAGAAAAUUAUUGUAAACAUAAAGGAUCCGUUUUGAAUAUGAUAAGUUCGUCAGUAGAUUCAAAGUUAAUGAACUGUGAAAUAACUAAAAACAAUGCACAAAAUGGGGGAAUAAUUUCUCUAAUAUGGUCCUUAAUUACUAUAGACUCAUUAAUUAUCCAUAGUAAUACUGCAAAUCAAGAUAAUCCAGGCAUUCUUCUUACAAAUUCCAAUAUAACAAUAGUAAAUACAAGUUUUUCAGAUCAAAUUGGGGACCAGGGUUGCUUUAUUCAAAUUAAAUCUGAAAGUGUAACUACAAUUAAAAAUUCUUCAUUUAUCAAUGGACUUUCGAAUAGCUCAGGAACUGCUUUAUUUUCUCUCUCAAGCAUGGCUAUUAUCAUAGAUUCUUAUUUUUCAAACUUAGUUUCAAAAGCUGGUGGGUCAUUAUUUAUAUACAAAGAUGGAUCAUUAAAUAUCUAUAAUUCAACGAUGAAAAAUAUUAUAGGGUCUUCAAUCGAUGCAUAUCAUAGCUUUGUUCAAAUAGAAAAAGCUAUAUUUCAAAACCUUUCAGACAGCACAAUAGUUGGGAACGAAAUAGCGUCAUUAGAAAUCAUGAAUUCUGAAUUUUAUGAUGGAUCAGGAUCAAAUGGGGGUGCAGUUUAUUGCUCAAAGUGCAUGAAAAUAUCAAUUGAAUCAUGCUUAUUUUAUAAUAAUUCUGCAUCAUCUGGAGGAGCAAUUUACUUGAUGACAGACAUUGAUACCCCUAUUUCAAAUCAGUAUGUAAUAUCUUCAUCUGUUUUUGUUAGUAAUUUUGCUUUUAAUGGCGGAGCCAUUUUAGCAAGUAAUAUCAAUUUGCAUGUUCUGUUUUCUGAGUUUAUUGAUAAUCUGGCAGGAUCUUCAGAUACUGAAAAUAGAGAAGCAGGGAUAUAUGAUGGCAUUGGAGGAGGUAUCAAAAUAAACUGCGAUAAAUUUGAUUCAUGUUCUUUCAACAUAUCAUCUAACCAUUUUACUAGGAAUAAAGCCAUAAAUAAUGGAGGAGCCAUUAGUUGAGAUAGCUCAAACCCAGUAAUCAUUGAUAAUUUUUUUGUAAACAAUUCUGCCAGAUAUGGUCCUGACAUAGCUUCAUAUCCAUUUAAACUGAUUUAUAUAAACACUAAAAGAGAAAAUCAAUAUCUAAAUAGUCCUUCAAGCUCAAUGCCAACUAUUAGUGGAAUAGCUCCAGGUCAGAAAAGCGAGCAGCCAAUAACCUGCGCAAUUGUAGAUCACUAUGAUCAAAUAAUAUAUACAGACAAUUUAAGCCAAGUCCAGUUACUAGCAAAUGAUCCAAAUACCAUACUUUUUGGAACUACAACGGUCACAGCUUUUAGCGGGAUAUUCAAUUUUACUGAUUAUGUAGUUAUAGCACCUCCAGGAUCUUCAACUAAAAUUAAGGUUUAUGCUCCUACAAUUGAAGAUUCUAAUAAUUUUCUUAUAAAUGUUUUUCUUCGUCUAUGCAAGAUAGGUGAAGCAACUGCUAGUAAUCAAUGUGUGAUUUGUGAAAAACCAUAUUAUAGCUUAGAAUUAAAUAAUACAGAGUGCAUUACUUGUCCAGAACAUGCUGUCUGCUAUGGAAACUCUUCAAUUGUUCCUAAAGAAGGAUACUGGAGAGAAAGUAAUGAUACUGAAGUGUUUUGGAGAUGUCCCAAUCCUUCAGCAUGUUUAGGUUCUCCUGAUCCAAAAAAUUUAUCAUAUACAGGAGUUUGUAAAAAAGGAUAUGAGGGAAAAUUGUGCCAAGCUUGUCAAUAUGGAUAUGGAAGGCUAUAUGAAAAUUAUUGUAAAAUUUGUCCGGAAAGAUGAAUUAAUUUUAUGAACUUCUUUGGAUUUAUAGGAGUACUUACUGUUAUUACUCUCUUAAUUUGGAUUACUGUAAAAAAAUCUAUACUUGGCACACAAACAUAUACGCCAGUUUAUAUCAAAAUUUUUUGAAAUUAUUUGCAUAUUUUAACUAUCAUUACGACUUUCAAUUUGAACUGGCCAAAAGAAAUUAUGAAAUUAUUUCAUAUUGAGUCUAGUAUGAAUUUUAUUAUGGAGCAGAUUUUUUCUAUUGAUUGCUUUUUACAGUUAGAUUCUCAAAAAAGUGUAUUUUAUACGAAUUUUUUUAUUAUUAGUUCUGCACCUUUCUUAUUAGGAAACAUAUGCUUAAUUCUGCUAUCUCUUUAUUUCUUAUAUAAAAAGAAAAGCUUUUCGGAAUUUUCCCAUUAUUUUAUCUCAAUAUGGAUUGUUUUACUAUUUUUAAUUCACCCACACUUGAUGCAGCCAUUUUUCAAAAUUUUUAGCUGCAAAGAAAUUAGCCAAGGAGAAUUUUGGCUAAAUGAAAAUCUUGAAAUUCAGUGCUGAACUAGCGAGCAUUUAUUUUAUGCAUUUUCGAUAGGCUUGCCAUCAAUACUGCUAUGAGGAAUUUUAGGGCCAGCAUAUUUAUUUACGAAAGUUUUAAGAUUGAGAAGGGUGCAGGGCGGAGGAUCAGACAAGUUAAAAUAUGAGUUCAUUUGUCAUGGCUACACUACAGAAUAUUUCUAUUGGGAGUUUUUUAUCUUUUAUAGUAAAAUUAUUUUAAUUUGCUUCUCAGUGUAUUUAUCAAAUAUUACUCUACCAUUGCAAGCGCUCACUGCAAUAGUGAUUUUAAUUUUAUUUUUCCAUUUCCAAAACAGAAAUAAGCCAUUUACAGAUACAUACUUAAACAACGCUGAAUUGCUAGCAAAACUCAUUUUAUUAAUCACAAUCUUCACUGGCUUAUUCUUUGCUACUGGAAAAUUAGAUUAUUCUAGUGAAGUUUUUAUCUUUAUUAUAACUAUCUUUGCAAAUUUACUGUUCAUCCUUUAUAUAUUGCCAAAAAUUUUCAGUAGCUUUUUAAAAGAUGCAAAAGAUACUACUUUAAUUUUACUAAGUAGAUUAUUUAAAAGGAAAAAGUACAAAAUUGGAUAUGAAACUAAUACUCAAGUAAUCAAUAAUUCGAAAUAUUUAUAUAUUACUGGGAGUAGAAUUAUAAAUAGUACUCAAGACAUUGAAUUAGAAAAUUUUUCAUCAAUUCUAGCUGAUGAUAGAAAUAAAAGCAUUGAAAUUGAUCCUUGUCCUUCUGAAAAUAGAUCGAUCAACGAAUAA